UUUACUCGUUGACAAUACAUCUACAAAAAGUAUGGAAUGAGCUCGACACUCAACCCAUAAACAACAAAAUGUCUUUUACAAUUCCUAUCACCUUACUCUGCUUUCUCAGCUUAGGAGUACAUAAAAUCUGUACUCAGAAUAUAACAACGUCACUGAGGAACAGAACUACAGCGAAAACGAGCACUAGUACUACAGCUAUGGUUACAGCGAACGCCAUAAGAUGUCCUUUUAUUCUAAUCACACCGAAAUUCAUAUCGAUCGAUUUCGGGCAAAAUGCAACAUUUGAUGUAAACGAAGAGGCUAAAGUACAAGCUGCUAUUGAAGCAAGGUGGCAAAAAAGACAAAAUUAUAUCAUCAAAAAUGUCAACAUCUCUGAUAUAAAAUACAAAGAAACUCAACUUUUACACACACCUACCCUUGUCGUCAAUAACGCUAGCUUUGAGGAGGGAGGGUACUAUCGGCUUCAAGUUAGAAUCAUCGAGGGAUGGUGCACAAGCGAUUGGGUUCGACUGAUUAUAAGAGGAAUUCUUAAAUACCAUGACCAGUGUAAUCGAACAGAAGAAUGUGACCAGAGACGAUAUAAUUUAAUGUGUUCUUCGGUGUACAAUGAAUGCCUUUGCAACAGUGGUUACUAUCAACGUAAUCAGACAUGUUUUUCGAGAUAUUAUUUAAGAGCACAGGUCAACGACUACAACUUAACAACACAUGCUAUAGAAGUAACUUGGAGAAAUCCUUCCAGAGAUUUGGACUUGAUACAAUCUUACAGCGUUGAGCUGAAGAGUGCUGAGAAAUCUACAAUAAUCAAAAAUACAUCUGUCGGAAGCCAGACUGAGUUCAAACUGCGCUCAGAUUUUGUCCCCGGUGCUGUCUACGUGUUUACCAUAAUAUCCACCGUGUUACUCAGUGAUCCAACAGAAACUAUCUAUGUUCGCUCCCAAAACAGAUAUAUCGUGGAGCCACUUCCUCCUGGCCCUAUCAAUAGAAAAGUCAGUAGCUUCCACCCAGAGAAAUUAAACCUCACUUGGUCUGUUCCAAAAAACAAUACCCGUGUUUAUAAAUAUAUAAUCAGAAUUGAUAAUAAAUAUGAAUAUGCAUACUCCAAUUCAAUCGUCUGGACAAACAGACUAGAUUCCGGUAGAAAUUACACAGUCAGUCUUGUCACGGUCAGUCGAGAUGAUUACUACUCGUAUGAAAGGAAAGAGAGCGUUCCCUACCUGGAACAGAUACAGACUUUACGUACACCUUCAUUAAACAUUUCUUCGGAUGAGAACCCGAUCGUACCAUUCCUUUCUACACUGAAUAUAGCAGCUGUAGUUUUAAAUAAUCCGGACUUCCCACCUGUUACCGAAAUCAAGUGGCAAAAGAUCAAGAAUGGGAUUACCGAGGAUAUAGACACGACAGAAGAAAGAUACAGAGGCAGCUCGCUUGAUUUCGUCAACCCUGUUCUGGUUAUCAACAGAGUGGACUUCGAUCUUGACCAUGGCUUUUUCUACAAAUGUCUUGCACUUAACUCAGACGGAUGGGGAUCAAGCCUGAAUUUCGUUAACGUAACUGUGACUGGAAGCCUAAAGUUUUUGGAGCCUUGCAACAAAUCUAGGGAAUGCUUACCAGACAUUGGGUUAGAGUGUCGCACUGAGCAAUGUCUCUGUCAUUCUUCUUUUUAUCAUAAAAAUUCAACUUGUUAUAAUAGAACGCGUUUGAUGCCCGAUUCCAUUCAAACAAAACCUUCAACGUGUAGUAUUUCUAUUGAAUGGAACCCACCCACUCAGGACAAGAAGAUGAUAUCAGGCUAUGAGAUAGUCCGAGAGGAAAAUAGUUUUGGCUAUUGGAUGUUACCGGUAAACGUUGCCAUUGGAAAUCAGACAAAAUACAAAUCGCCAUGUAUUCUUCAACCUGGGCGCCUUUAUAGAAUCAGUAUCAGGACUGAAGUUAACUUGAGCGACCCAGAUCAGACUAUCUUUAUAGAUACCCCCUGGACUGAAAUGAUCCUAGAGCCAAUGUCACCUGGACCUCUAUCUUCUUCCUGCAAUUUUUCCGCAGACAAUUUAGUUUUGAGGUGGAAUCAUUCAGAGAACAAUAGCUUUGUUAACCGGUAUAAAGUUAUCAUAGAUGGCGACGAACAAAUGACAGAGGGGAACGAGACUGAGAUUUUUUGGGAGAGACUGCUAAAGUCACAUACCUAUUAUAACGUUACCAUAAUAGCCAUUAGUUAUGGGUACACAACAAAUUAUCCUUCUUAUGGGAAGAGGGAGAGUAUUCCGUCUGUAUAUACGAUAAAGACACUAGAAAGCCAGUAUGAUGUAAAUGUAUCCAUGCCGUAUGGAGAUGACGACUUAGUUCUCACUGGAGAUGAUAAUACAAGUCAUAAAAUACCAGUAGUUCCUCUGACUACAGCAUAUGUUGGGGACGGAAGUGAGGGAGGAUUCGAUAAUGUCAUAAUAGGAACCAAUGGUAUUAUUGGACUGAACCCAAAGGGAGAUAGCUUUAACAAUGCAGGAAAUUUUGACAAAAAUUAUCUUAAAAGGAAAGAUACACAGAUUAUCUGUCCCUUUUGUACGGAUUUGACCUCAAACACUUCAGGAAAAGUAUACUUUCAAUCAUAUGAAAGAAAAAAGGACGAAUUCUUACAAAAUGCAAAUAAAAUUGUAAAGAAAUAUUUCAAGGACUUUAAGAAUUUUGAAGCAACCUGGCUCGUAAAAGUGACAUGGGAAAAUAUGUCACUUUAUGGACACGACUCAAAGAAUGUAACUUUCCAGUGUCUCUUGAUCUCAGAUGGCGACAACACAUUUACAGUAAUGAACUAUUUGGAUGUGAAUUUGACGCGUAUUAAAGACCGAAAAAUUGUUAUAGGAUACCGAUAUAAGAGCAUUCUAAAAACAAAUCCUUAUUCCAUGAAGGACGGAGCUUUUUCAAUGAGCAGAAAUCCUGGAAAUCAAGGAGAGCCUGGUGUGUGGGUAUACAAGUUGACAAAAGGUGUACAGGAAUUAAGAGAUAAAAGCGCAUGCACAAAUUGGCAUAGAGAAAAUAUGAAUUUUGGACAGAUGAGUAUGCCAUUCAUUGAAUGUCCUUGUGACAAAAAACUCCUCAAGUUUGAUCCGCGAUUCGCAAUUAACAGAUUUGAUAAAGAAUACAGACUAUUAUGUUAUGCUUCCGUGAUAGAAGGAUCCAACAUUGAAUGUUGCUAUAAUAUGUACGCCAACACAAAGCAGUUAGGACCAUUACAAAGAGCAAGGCCAAAAGCUGGAACCUUACUGCAGCACAAUCCAUUUUUUCAUCGUAGUGAAUACAAAACGUCUGAUGAAAAACCAAAACAACAGUGUUGUAGUUCACGGCACUGUGACUGGUACUACGAAGACCGUCCUAUUCCAAAAUGCUAUGUGAGGUCUCCUUUCCAUUCGGGAAUCAACUAUGGGGAUCCCCAUAUAACUACACUUGAUGGUAGAGACUACACAUUUAAUGGAUAUGGGGAAUACGUCAUGAUGAGAAUAAAUACCAGCACUACAUACUUUGAACUUCAAGCUCGGACAAGUCUUGUUACCACAGAAAGCGGAAAGAUUAUCAAUGCUUCCAUAUUUAGUGCCUUUGUGGUAAAAGACCAAACAGGUUCCAAAAUACAGAUCCAAAUGUCCAGAGACAAGAAAAUGAUGGUCAUAUUGGUGAAUGGAAAAGAUUUAACCAAUAAAUUUAAAAAUACCAGCUAUUCAGUCAUGACAUCAGAUAUAUUUUUGCAGUGGGAGAAAGACAAAAUUUCUGCUUCAUUUUUGAAGUCAACAAUAACUGUAAAAGUAAGUCUAGGCAAAGGAUUUUUGAUCUGUGAAACACUUGUCAGCAGGAAUCAUAAAGGAAUGACACUUGGUUUAAUGGGAAAUUUUGAUGGAAUUAAGGACAAUGAUUUCAUUCUUCCAAAUGGAACACAGUUAUCUGAGAAUUCUACUAACACAGAAAGAGGAAUAUUUUACAACUUUGGACAACAGUGGUUGGUUAACGAAAGCUCGCUAUUCCUAUAUGAUGAUGACAUGACCUUUAGAAAUUUUUCACAUCUCGAUUUUGUUCCAAUAUUUACUGAUGAAAUGGAUGCAGAUCGUCUAACUGAGGCGAAGACAAAAUGUGGUCCAAAUCCUUCUACAGCCUGUAUUUCAGACUAUCUUGCAACAGGGGACCUAAACCUCGCAUUGUCAUCUGGAAAAGAAGAAGAAAGCUCCAAAGCAGACAUCGCUAUCAUACAAAAUGAAACGCCACAAAUAUCUGGCAAUGCCACAAUAAAUGUUGAAAUCAAUAAGGAGGUUGAUUUGAUGUUCAACGUCUCUGAUGAUGGAAGUCAAAGACCAGUGUUCAAGAUUUUGAAUCAACCUGGGAAUUUCUUUUUUGAUAAUCAAACUGGAAAAGCUAGAUGGACUCCAACCACUGAUGACAUAAUAGGCAUCAGUAUCAUCGCAGAAGAUGACAUUGGUGCUCAAUCACCUGUAUUGGAUGUUUCAAUCAAUGUGUGUCCUGGAUGUGGAGAUCAUGGAGAAUGUAAUUAUGAUUCAACUACUCCAACAGAAAACGAUCAGAUUAACCAAGUCGCCUGUACUUGUCAAACUGGGUAUUCCGGUGAAAUGUGCGAAAAAGAAACAGAUGCAUGUCUACAAAGUCCUUGCUCCCUUGGUAGGGACUGUAUUGACCUUUCCCCCGAAGAAGAAGUCAAGUUCGGCCGUGGAUACAAUUGCUCAGAAUGUCCCAGUGGUUUUAAGGGAAUUGACAACAAAUGUGCAGAUAUUGAUGAAUGUGGUUCUGUGUCGACCAAUCCAUGUAACUUUGCUACGGAGACUUGUGAAAACACAGAGGGAAGUUAUAUGUGUAAUUGCAUCAGUGGUUUUAGAAAAGUUAAUGGCAUUUGUCGAGAGUGUUUAGAGCAAUAUUUUCAGUCUGGGGAGGAUGUGAACAAAUUUGUCAUGAAAAUUAACAUUUAUCUUUUUUUAUUGUUUCAAUGUAGUUGUCAUCUAGGUUUUCUUCUAGAUACGGACAUGACUUCCUGCACAAAAAGCGCUUCUGAUCCCUGUGGACACUUUGACAAAAAGUGUGGAUAUUCCUGUGGUAAUAUUAACGGAACCUUGAAGUGUUUUUGCCCAUUAGGGUAUGAACUAGCUACAAACAACGUAAAUUGUAAAGAUAUCAAUGAAUGCGGACUAACGACUACUAAGUGCGAACAAGGCUGUAUCAAUAGUAAAGGCUCAUUCAACUGCACGUGUCGACCUGGGUACUACUUGAACGAGGACAAAACAUCAUGUUCAGAAUGUGUUAUGCCUAUGUAUGGAGAAAACUGCAGUCAGGUAUGUGAUUGUGGUCCAGGUAUGGAUAGUUGUGACCCUGUCAGUGGGUGUGUAUGUCUGGAUGGAUGGACAGGUGUGAAAUGUGACAAAGACAUUGACGAGUGUUCAGUAGACCCAUUCAUUUGUGGUUCUGACCGAGAGUGCCAGAAUCUUGAAGGUUCAUACGCAUGCGCCUGUGGGAAAGGUUUCAAAAAGAACAAUGACGAAUGUGAAGAUAUUGACGAAUGUGCCGAUAUGAGCCUCAAUGAUUGUCCUGAAUCAACAACAUUUUGCCGAAAUACGCAUGGUAGUUAUUUGUGUGAGUGUCAGAAAGGAUUCCAGAAAAAGAACGACAGAUGUGAAGAUAUUAAUGAAUGUGACACGGGAUUUCACGGCUGUUCCCAAAUGUGUAUCAAUGUAGAUGGUGGUUACAACUGCGCCUGUUACUUUGGAUUUACUCUUCGAAAUGACCGAAAGACGUGCGAAAAAGUAAAGGACUCAUGUUCCCUAUAUCCUGGUCUCAGCUGUAGUUAUGCUUGUAAGCAGUCUGGACACAAUCCUGACAGUGGCGUAUGUUUCUGUGAACACGGAUACGAGCUCGACAAUGACCGAAACACAUGUAUUGAUACCGAUGAAUGCAAAACAAACUCGAUGUGUGAACAGAACUGUACAAACACGGUAGGGUCCUUUACAUGUGAUUGUGCAAUUGGUUACGAGCUACAAAAUGAUGGCAGAUCUUGCAAAGCUUGUAAUGGGUAUUUCUACGGAGUGAACUGUGCAACACCAUGUAAAUGUGGACGAGGUUCCAACACAUGCCAUCGUGUAACUGGCUGUGUCUGCAAACCAGGAUGGAAGGGGGAUACUUGUGAUAUCGAUGUAGACGAAUGUAAGGAUAAUCCUUGUAUGGAAGAACAUCAGACAUGUGUUAACACCCCAGGUUCAUUUCGAUGCGAUUGUGGAAAAGGAUUUAUUAUAUCGAACGGGCAUUGUCAAGACAUUGACGAAUGUCAGAGUCCAACAGCUUGUCAACAGAAAUGUAUAAAUACAGAAGGAAGUUACAGAUGUGACUGCGAAGCUGGUUAUGAGUUAACCAAUACAGGCGAUUGCAGGGACAUUGAUGAAUGUAGACAUGCCAAGUGCCACGACUGUUCUAAUUGGCCUGGAGGUUUUCAAUGUUCAUGUAGAGAAGGAUAUGAGCUCAACUCAACUACCCUUUCUGAAUGCAAUAAUAUUAAUGAAUGCAUUGAUGGAAGCAACCAUUGUUCUUCUCACGCGAUCUGCACGGACACUGUUGGUAGUUAUAAAUGUAGUUGCCGCAAAGGUUUUAAAGGCAAUGGACAUUAUUGCACAGUUUGCCAAAAUUUUACUUUUGGGGAGCAGUGCUCUGAAAGAUGUUCAUGCAUGAAAGACCAAACCAAACAAUGUGAUUCUUUGACUGGAGUGUGUCGAUGCAAAGCAGGAUGGGAGGGAAGCGAUUGUUCUCAGGAUGUAGAUGAAUGUAAGGAUGGACUUAUCAAAUGUGACAAGGAGUUGCAGGUUUGUGUCAAUGAACCUGCCUCUGCUCAUUGUGAAUGUCAAUAUGGAGGAGUAAACCUUACUAAGUGUAUCCUACCAAGACCACCUUAUAGUACAAAUGAGACAGAAAUAAAAGUAAAACUGGAGGUUAAGUUUGAAACUAGCACGAACCGAAGUGAUUUUUUAACACGUACUGUGCAACUUAUAGAUGAAUUCGAGUCCUCGUUAGAAAAUUUCUACAAAAAAGAAAAUGUGAGUGGAUUUUUCCAAGUGAAAGUACUGUCCAUGCGGUUUGGAAGCUUGAUAAUUGACUAUGAAAUUAUUGGUGACAAAAAUGAUACAAACAGCUUAAAAGGCGACAUCGCCACUGCUAUGACAAGGUUACUCAAUGGGGAAAGAAAACUACUUGUUUUACACCAGGAACCAGGCGUAUUGCGCAUCGAAAUAAAAGAUGACAGUGGUUUGACUACAAAGGUAAUUUCUGCCUCCUCGAGUCCUUGUUUUGUUUUUGGAAGUUUUGGAGCUACAUGUCCAGCGGGAAAAAAAUGUGACGACUCUACCGGAGUGGCAAACUGUGUGAUUGUAUCAGAUAAAGAUAUGCGCACUCUUUUUAUUGUUCUUGGUGUGAGUUUACCACUUUGUAUCCUAAUGGUCGCUUUAAUAAUCGUAUGCAUUUACCAUCACAAAAAUUCCCAUCUUACAAGAGUAAUUGAUAUCAUGGAGACAAAUUUGAAAAUGAAAGAAUACAAAGAGGUGUCUUAUCCUCCCGGAGAAAAGAAGGGGAUCGAAAAGGAAUUCGUAAGACCUGCAUGGGUUUACUAACAUUGAGAUGACCUGAACUGAAACGGCAAAAUGAAAACAAAAAGCAAUAUAUAAACAAAACUUAACACGUUAUAAUCUAAAAACAUUUUUUUCUUAGCAGUAAAUCGAAAUGAUUUUGUAGUCGCUUAAAAUAUCAAGUCAAAUGUAAAAUUAUAUUGUUUAAAUUGUAGAGAAAUAAAUUAAUCGAAGAAUGCUUAAUGGUUGAU